CUCGGGCGUGUUGAGUAGCAUCCACACCUGGUCUGCUCAUCCAAUCAACGACACUUCUUUUGUCGUUCCUCCUAAAUGUUGUUCGACUUCACUUACCCUCGAGCCGCAGCCUCAGACAGUCAGAUGUGCACCGUCGCCUCGCUACAGUCCUCACACCAUCAGCAACAUGGGCGACAACCAGCUGAUUAUUCAUUCUGAGGCCACUAUUCCGACCCUGCUGAAACGCUUGUCAUCUAUUGACCCAGAAAGACCGGCAUACAUUUUUGUUGGAGAAAAUACGAGAACUGUUCUCAGUCGAAAACAUGUUUUUAUGCAGCCUGGUAAAAUGGCAGCGAAGUUGCGCCGACUUGGUGUCUCUAGAGGAGAUACUGUUGCCAACAUGUUGCCGAAUAGCCCCGACAGGCUGAUCUGUGAUUUCGGAAUAUUGAUGGCAGGCGGUGUCUCCCAGACUGCUUUUGGUUAUUUGAACAACGCAGACGACACAUUUGGUGCGCUACAGGUUGCGCAGACGACAACCAUCAUAACGGAUCCUAAUGUUAGUGGAGUACUCGAGGUCGUAAUGAAACUGUUUUCGUCGUCGAAGGAAACGGAGUAUGGAUUGGCCGUCGAAUGCUCGGAACUCCCUUAUCUCAAAAGAGUUGUGUUUAUUCAUUCCGUUCAAACUCAGCUUGAAAUGGAAACGGAGAUGUUUAUAGCAGACGUGCGGCCAACUGAUUAUGCUGUGAUCGUUGAGACCUCUGGCACUUCGGGUGUGUGCAAACAGGUACCUCUCACCCAUUCCGCGGUCAUACGUUUCGGGGAACAAAUGAGUUUUCUUAUCGGAGACAACGGAUCGCCUUUCUAUAACGACAGAUUUUUUGGUUGGUUUCCUGGAUUUCCGAGUGUCUAUCCCUGCUCGGGAACAACACGAAUAGCGCUUGACGCUCGAGAAAAUAACCUUCCACCCAUUUUGGAUGUUAUCCGUGCAGAAGGCUGUCGAUCCGCUUACCUUGUAUCAAACGAAAUAGAAGACGUCAGCCAGUCAGGCGUAACACUAGACGAACCAGAUAUGCUAGAAGUAGUUUUGACAGGGGGACAACCUAUAGUUAAAAACAGCAUGAGGAUUAUAGGAUCGCUAACGAAGAAGAUCGUCUGUCGGUACGGAAUGUCCGAGACGAUGUGCAUAUGUCAUUUGUCUGUGGAUGAGCAAGAUCAGUUCCAGGACCACUGUGUGGGACAUCCAAUGCCAUCGUACCACGUGCGCGUUGUAGAUGACAUAGGACGCGAUGUGAGGGUUGGCGUUAAGGGGAGCAUUUUGGUAAAGGGGGAUGGUGUGUUUGAGGGAUACCUUGGUGAUUCCCCUAAGUUACGCGCCAUCAAGACGAAGAAGGAUGUUCAAUUAACCGUUCAUAAUGGAAGAGAGGAAACCAAUACAGUUGGUAAAUGGUCAGAUGAAGGACGGUUCAACCAAGCAGCAUUUACAGACGACGGAUGGUUUCAGACUGACGAUGUUGGGUUCUUUGAUUCCGCAGGGAUGUUGUUCGUUGAUGGACGCGGCUCUGAUGCAAUCAUGCAUGGCGAUGAGAUUCUCUAUCCUCACUGGUUAGAGGAGAUCGCAAGAGGUUGUCCCGCCGUUCAUGAUGUAGUCAUUGUCCCCGUCAAAGACCCUGUUUUGUUUCAUGAAAUAUGUGCCUGUAUCAAGCCAAGUGAAGGUUUUCAGGAUCCGAUGUCGGAAAUUCAAACCUUUAUGUCUCUUCAAUUCGCUGCCGUUCCUCACGAAGAAUGCAGCGUGGAGCCUAAGUAUUAUCUACUAUUUGACACAUUCCCCGUCAAUAAGAAUGGAAAACUGAACCGGAGGAAGCUUUCUCGUCAGGCAGAGGUCUUGCUUCAGUUAUGAUUGAUAUUAUCUUCAAGGAUAAAUGUGCGUUCUGUUUGUGUAAUAUAGGUGGUAGCCUUGUGGUUAAAGCGUCGGCUCAUCAUGCCGAAGGCCUGGUUCGAUUCCAACAUGGGUACAGUGUGUGAAGCCCAUUUCCGAUGCCCAUGUUUGAUGUCCCCCGACAUGGCGGGAAUAUUGCCAAGAGUGGCAUAAAACAACACUCACUCACAGAAACACGUGUGACGACCAGAUGAUCCACACCUCUUAUUUCACUAUGCCAACUCGACAGAAAUACUUGUCCCGUGUGCUAGAACGACGGGCGUACAUCUCAGUUUGAGAAAAUACCAGAUGGUUCUCGGCAGAAAGGACUUCUGAGGACGAACCCGUUGUUUUUCAGAAACGCAUCAGUAUUAUUUUACCGACAGUAUCACUUUGUUCCAAGAAUAUAUUAUCAAUCAAUUAAUUAUUACGUGGUGAGAUUUAGACCUUCUACCGCUCAAUCGUUAUUAUGAUUCUAUGAAGCAAUACAGAUUGGCAACUCCAGUCCGCCUCCCAGGCCCUAAAGAAUAGAUUUAAAACAGGAGUCCAACUCAAGUCUAGAAUGAUUUCGCAAGUCUAGACUACCCCAACUCUGGGCUUGAACUUGAGCACUGUUCUGGGCUCCAGGUGAAUUUGAAUUUUUCCAUUUUGCAGAUAUAAAAGUUAGUCUAUAAUAACUCUAAUACAUCCAUUUUCAUCUUCCAGGAAAUAUAUAUAUUAAUUAUGAAUUUAGUAAAUAAAUACUGUAUUUAUCUGAAGAAAAUAAAGUCGAUAUCUAACUUGAGUGAUAUGAUACUCUAUGCCAGAGCAGUCUGCUUGAAUAACACUAUGGUUUCACUGUAAGAUCAGUCACGGAAAUAUCAACUUUGUCAGGCCACUCAAUGAAAUAAACAUGUUAUUUGACAAGAAAACAUAUCUUCAAUUCACAUGUAAUGUAUGUAACAUUUGUGUAACCCAAAUAGUGUCAUA